UCGCACAACUGACAAGGGUUGUGUCUCCCUGCUUUUCACCAUAAAUUUACAAUUGAGUGGAAACUUGUGAAAAGGAGGGCAAGCAGCAGGAGCGGAUCUUUUUUUGGGGAGGGUGUUACUCUCUCUCUUUAUAUAUAUAUCUGUAUGUAUGUGCGUGUAUAUGUGUGUGUGAGUGUGUUUUUUUUAUAUCUGCACACUGGAUAAUUUUUCUUUAACGAGACACAGAAACAACCAUUGAGUGGAAACCAUCGGCGAGAAGAGAAGAGGUUCAACUUCUCCUCCUCUUCUCCCCAUAACAUUUGGAUUUAUACACGUACACAAGCGUUGUAAAGGAAGCUGCAUGAAGGAGCUGCCCGGCCCGGCGGGGGCUCGGCCGACACCCUCGUUUAUGGAAAUCGACACCGAGGCUUUAACACUCGGGCCUUGAUUUUUUUUUCUUUCUUUUUAUGACGGAGGAUAAUCGUGAAGAAGAAUUAUAUGUGGAUACGCGAUAUAUUAACACUCUACGGAUGAUUUAUUGAUUAAAAUUAUCCAGUUUUUCCAAAUUUUUUUGGGACAAAUUGAUCGGCUAACAGCUGCUAGCUAGCCCGGAGAGCUAACGUUACGUCUUUCUUUUGAUGCAGCCGUGUACUCCUCGGCCAUCAACUAAAAAAAUAAUAUAAUCUAAUUGUUACACAUUAUAAGUCAAAUUAGCUUCUUGGUGUACUAUCCAAAAUUAUCCAAACAUCAUCUUUUUUUUUUUUUUGGUACAAGAAUAUAUGUUUAUUCUUCGGGCAAAUUGUAUUGUGAUGUAUUGAGCUAGUUCAUGCUAUGCUAUGCUACAAACGGCUAAUUAACCGUCACUAAACUAAACAUUAGCUGGCUUUAAAUAUAACCUUCUUAUUUCAGGUUUAUAUCCAAAUUCAAAACAUAAUAAGGGUUAAGCUUGUGUUCGUACUAUCCUACAAACGGCAAAUUAACAGUCACCUAAACUAAAUGUUAGCUGGCUUUAAAUCUGAAGUGUUUUUUUAAUAUAACGUACUUAUUUCAGGUUUAAAUUUACAUUUAAAACAUAAUAACGGUUAAGCUCGUGUUCAUUCUAUCCUAUAACGGCUAAUUAACCGUCACCUAAACUAAACGUUAGCUCGCGUUUUGUUAAAAAAAGAAAUUACGUUAUUAUUUCAGGUUUAAAUCUAAAUUAAAAACAUACUAACGGUUAAGCUCGUGUUCAUACUAUCAUGCAAACGGCUAAUUAACCGUCACUUAAACGUUAGCUGGUGUUUUUUAUUUCUAAUAUAAUGUUCUUAUUUCAGGAUUUAAUCUAAAUAAAUUCAAAACAACGUUGAAGCUCGUGUUCAUGCUAUCCUACAAACUGCUAAUUAACCGUCACCUAAACUAAACGUUAGUUGGCUUUAAAUCUGAAGUGUUUUUAAAUCUGAAUUAAAAACAUAAUACAGUUAAACAUAUGAUUACUGGAUAAUGUCUACCAGUGCGUUAACAGUAACUGUAACGUCGUGUAUGUAUAUGUAGGGUUAGUGGCCUUUUAAAGCUAUAAGUGGCUAACUCAUUAUGCUAACAGCUUUUUUUGGGAAAUUCAACAGUUAUAUUAAGCCAUGCCAACAUAAGUGUGGUUAUCAUUUUUGAAAUAGACACACUGGUACAUUAGACAUUUAUUAUCUGCAUUUAAAAAAAAUAAGUCUUGUCUUUAUUUUUUUGUUGUUUACAUGCGUUUAACUUAUUUUUGGGCUUGUGUGGCUAGCUAGCUGCUUUAGUUAGUUAGCCGUCAGCAGCCAUGUCCUGAUAUUUUAUACACGAUUAAGGAUGUUUUAAAUAAAUUCACGCAUCCCUUUUUUCUCAUGUGGAAUUAAAGUUCGUGUUCAUAUUCACUGAGAUGACACUCAAAUUUCGCCGAAAGAAAGGCUCCGAAGCCAAAAGACUGUUGUCAAAGGACGGUAAAUAAUAGCCACUGGUUCCGUUAACGCCAUUUUAACCGGCGCUCCUCUGCUUAUAAAGGGGCCUGUGUGUGUGUGUUUGGUGGAGGGGAGGGGAGGGUGGGGGGGAGUUGAGUUUAAGUGCCUUUUUAAUAUUUUUUGGAGGUGUCACUGGAGUUACUAAAAGAGGAAGGUGCUGUUUGAUCAUCAUCAUGGAGGGCCUGAGCCGAAGCACUGGACCCAGGCGGAGCCGUCGGUCCCGUUCACAGCGAGACAGGGACCGGCGGAGGAGGCGAGUGGACCUGGCCGAGCAGAGGGCCACAUCCCUGUCCUCAGGCUCCGACAGAGAGGCGUGCGGCACCAACAGUGUGCUGGGUCCCGGUGGGAGAGAGUGCAGACCCGGGUUUGGGAGACACAGGCCGCCACGCCGGAGGAAGAGGGAGUCGGUGUCCUGCGAGGAAGACAUCAUCGAUGGCUUCGCUAUAGCCAGUUUCAUCAGCCUGGAGGCUUUGGAGAUGGACUGCUCUCUGAAGCCCACUCAGCGCAGCGACAUGCUGGGGAGGAGAAACAAGGGGAAGAGAGGACCGGAGGAGAACGGCGGAGGUCCUCUCUCAGAGCCGGAGGAAGGAGCUCCACACAGCUACUCCAGCAGCUGUUGGAAGAGCCGAAAUAAGAGGAGAAAGAUCGAGGGACACCCUUUGGAGACUGGCUACAUCUGUGACACUGAGAGUGAUACAGGAGACAAGGCCUCCGACAACGACAUGGAUCCAGUGUUCACAGUCAGCACAAGGAAAGUCGCGGAGCCGGCCCCCUCAAACAUGGGCACAUCCAUGGGCAAAAUCUGCCCGCCUCUCCCGGCCCGCAGCGGCGUCUCCCGGCUGAUGGUGACCCCGAGAGUUUCCGGCCUGGAGCGAAGUCAGGAGAAAAACCUGGAGCCGCAUUUCCCAGAGCCCGUUGCUUCUUCUACCUCGUCUGCCUCCUUCUCUUGCCUGCCUUCCCCGGUCGCGGCCUCGGGCACGAUGCCCCGCCACAGCCCGAUGAACACUAACGGCGGCCGCCACAACGGCAGCCCGCCGCUCUCCAAACCCAAACCCUUCCUCACAUUGCCUGGACGGUCUCACUCGAUCUACAACAGGAGCAACACGCCAGUCAAACCUCCGUCGUCUGCUUCGUCUGUUGCGUCUUCCUCGUCCUCCAUGCGGCCCCCGACUCCCUCCACCAGUGUGUCUCUGCCCUACAUCCGGAGCGCAGGAUCCUCAGGGCCCCUCCGACCCCCAUCCCGAGCCGGCUCCGGGGCCCUGUUCACGUCCUCGCCUGGCCUGCCUCCUCCUCCGCCUCUGCUACAAGUACCUCCCCACUCAUCGGCAGCAGACCAGGAAAUGCUGCGCCAAAACUUAAACUCCCACUUCUUGAACGCACAAGAGCGCGAGGGCAGACGCAGCGUCCCGGGUUCCGAGAACAACUCCGGAGCCGUGGGCCGCUCCACACCCGGAGGCCCGUCGGCAUCGGGCUCCACGCCGGGAUCGUCUGGCCGGACGUCUCAGAACCAGCCGAGCAUCCCUCUGGCCUUCCAGUUCCAUCAGCACAACCACCAGCACCAACACACGCACACGCACCAACACUUCACGCCCUUCCUGCACCCCACGCCUACCGCACCGCCUCUGUUUGAUAAGUAUCCAGGCAAAAUGGACGGACUGUACAGACACACUUUCUUCCCACAAUACCCGCCGCCGCCCUCAGUGCCGAGUAUCCAACCUGUGAUUCCUCCCGCCGGGCCUUUCAGCUCCCUGCAAGGAGCCUUUCAGCCAAAGCCUCUUGUCCCUCAGGGAUCGGGUCCUGAUAUAACGGCGCGGCUCGGUGUUGUGCCUCACCACCUGCAGCCCAAAGACCCUCGGCUAACUGAUCCAUUUGGGACAUCGUUGAAAAUCAGUAAUAAACCAGGAAAAUGGUGUGCUAUGCAUGUUUAUGUGGCCUGGAUGAUUCUAAGCCAUCAGAGAAAAGUAAAGCUGAUGCAGGCUGAUCCUCACAAGUUGGACUUCCGUACUGACCUGCUGGCCCGUCAUCUCGGCCCCGGGGGACUGGGCCCGCUGGGACCCAUGGGAGGAGCCAUGCCUCCCACUCAUGACCUGACCAGACCUCCCAGUCUGUUCUCAGCUACAGGUGCAGUCAAUCCGUCCUCAGCUCCUUUCAUGUCUCCAUCAACGCCACACUCCUCUUUCCUGGGACCAGCUGCACACUUGGAUCCGUACGGCCGAUCCCCGCCCUUCACCCCGCUGGGAGCUCUGGGUUCUGGUGCCUUUGGAGGACUAGCGGGCUCCAUGUUUGGCCCUAAAGACUCACCGGUCGGGGGCUUGUCCAACCCGAAUCAUCACGACCCGUGGAAUCGCCUACACGGCGGCCCGUCCGGAUUCCCUCCUGGACCCAGCUGGGCUAAAGGGGCGGACAAGAGGGACGAGAGGGACCGAGGGAAGGACGGAGAGAGGAGAGACAUACCCCAUAUUAAAGAUGAAAAGGACAGAGACAACAUGCUGUACGGCCGACAACCUGUGAGAAUGUCUCCAGUUGCUCCUUCCUUCAAGGCCCGCAGUAGCACCCCGGUCUCCCAAAUCAACGGCCACAGCAGCACCCCGGGGGGAAGCGGCGGGCCCAUCGAGGACCUGACGCGCAGCCUAAGCAGAGACAGAGACAGAGACAGAGAGCGCGAGCGGGACAGAGACGGGGACAAGAGGCCGCAGCCCACAGUGUCUUCGAGGGGGCCUCCGCUCGGGCCUUCGUCUUUAGUAGCAGACAGGGACAGACCGAGGUCUUCCUCAUCCUCCGUGCUCACCACCCCCCCGCCCUCCAACCGCUCGGCCCCGUCUCCUUUGGACCUUUACCCCCGCCAAAUGGCCCCGACAGCACACAGCCUCCAAAGCGAACCCUCACACUCCCAAAGAGACGGCAGCGUCCCCCCAUCAUCCUCUUCCUCCUCCGCUGCCUCCUCUUCUGUCACUUCUUUGUCUCAGGCCAAGAAGUCUGAUCGGACCACACCCGUCUCCAAACCUCCUCUGCUCCUCCCGCCGGUUAAAGUCAAAGAGGAGCGGAAAGAGGAGCCGGAGCACAUCCCCAUCACGCUGCCUCCCCCUGUAUCCAACCACAGCUUUGAGCGCCCCAACAGCCAUCCGCACCACCACAGAUCCGGUACACCUUCCUCUUCCUCUUUAUCACUGACUCCUACUCCCGGUGCUCCCCACCAUCCACCCACUCCGAACCCUCCGCAGCCUCAGCAUCCUCAGCACCCUCAGCACCAUCAACACCCUCAGCACCCUCAGCACCCUCAACACCCUCAGCACCAUCAACACCCUCAGCACCAUCAGCACCCUCAGCACCAUCAGCACCAUCAGCACCCUCAGCACCAUCAGCACCCUCAGCACCAACACCUCGCCCUACUGGACCGCUCAAGAGCCCUGGAAGCGUAUCUGGGGAGCGCAGCGGGUGCCGGCGGGCUGGUUGUGGGCCCGGGCGGUGAACGUUUCACCCACGGUCCGCAACAAGGGCCGUCGCAGGGUCCGCACAGCUUCACUUGGGACCCCUGGAGGGAGCUGGCAGCUCAGCAGCAACAUCAGCAUCGCAGGGAGGCUCUGGCGCUCCGGUCGGACCCUCACCUCGCCCUGCGGUCCGAUCCGCAUCUGGCCCGGCUGCUCCAGCAUCAGCGCCUCCUGGAUGCGGAGAGGGUCGCGGCCGUAGCGGCUGCAGCGGCGGCGGCCAACCCUCACCACCCUUCCACGUCUACCUCUUCUGCCUCCAACGUUGUCCGCCAGGAAUUCGGCCUCAUGGCUCACCACUUCGACCGCCCCCCUCAUCAGCUCGGACCGCCGGGAGGAGGCCUGAUGGACGAGGAGCAGCGCGCCCAGAUCCUGAGGGAAGACUUUGAGCGGGCUCGCAUCUUCGGCAUGCACCCGCACCUUCCUCACGGCGCUCACCUCUCGAGCCCCUCUCAUGCUGCUACUGCCGCUCACCUGGAGCAGCUCCACUCUGGCCUUCUCUCGCACCAACUCCCCCCAGGAGCGGCGGCGCAUCAGCACACCGCGGGUCUCUACUCGCGGCUGGGCCAACUACACGCACACAACGGCAUGCUGACGAAGACCCCCGCAGGUUUGGUGGGACCUAUGCCGGUGGGGGCGCCGCCUCCGCUCAUUCCGUCCAUCACCAGCCGGUCGUCCACGCCUCCCCGCGGUUCUAGACUCACGGGGCCGGGUGAGCUGGCUCUGUACAGCGCCCACAAAGACGGAGAGUCCAGAUAGUACAGGGACAACACUGGAGGAGAUUUAAGGGAAAUGUCAGGAUCACUGUGCUGCUCUCAACCUGCCCCCUCACCCCUCCUUCUUUUUUUUUUUCUCCCUCUCUUGCAAACUACUAAACCCUGCCCCAUGGUUUCACGUUAAAAACCAAGUCCCAGUGACCCUAACUGGGGUGGAGAUGAUGGUAGGGAGGGGAAAUGCAAGACUCAUCAGUGUGACUUUGAAUAUGCCCCAAUGGUUCUAUCAGUGCAAUUUAAAGGUACAUGGUUUCUGUGCAUCAUGGUGUACUUUGUUUUCAUUUUUUAACAGCUGUUGGUUAGAACAGUAAUCACUUCUGAACGCUGUAAGAAGAAGAAGAGGCAGAGGAAAGCUUUUUUUUUUUUUUUCAUUUUGUCAGGUGAAAUAUGAUCCAUGCUUAUAAUAAGCAAGCCUUUUACCAGGUGGAUUAGAAAUGACUUCCAGGAGGGAGGGGGAUGCACACUUGGUUAACUCGUUAUUAUUAUGAUUAUUAUUAUUAUUGUUAAGAAAAAAGAAAGGAAAAAACGGUCCCUCCUCUACAUCAAUCAACCCUGGUUUUUAGGUAUCGUGGAUGAGGGUUAAAUAGAAAUACAGUGGUAAAGUGGUGCUUUCUGUUCUGUUUCUGUCUUCUUUCUUUUAUUUUUUUGUCGUCAUUGUGAAAAGACACAAGAUUACUGAUGAGACCAUUUAAAUGAGAAUCGGUAAGCAUCGUACCUCAGUUUCCUGCUUUACCCAAAAAAAACUAUUUCUAACAACCCCGACCACCUCCACUUCCACUUCCACCGCCACCUCGAGCCCUCAGCUUCACUGAUAAUGAGAUUCAACCUUUUUUAUUUUGGCUUUUUUUGUUGUUGUUUUCAAAAGGAUGAAUGGCGAAAUGAACUGUGCUACACUGUGUGAGUGACCACAGUGUUUUAGAGCUUCCUGUAACUGUUUCCCAGUCUCCUCUUGACUAUAUGAGCAGGACCAGAUUAUAGUAGUCUAGAGAAAAAUUGCCUUUGUAAUUAUUAUUCUUAACAUUAAUUAUCUUCUAUAAUAAUAAAUAUAUUCACUGUUAUGUUAUUUGUCAUUGUUUCGGGUAUCAAACCCAGUACUCUCUCCUCCCCCCCACAGGUAGUAAUAUGUUUCAAAAUCAUGCAAAAAGACAAAGCAAAGAGUUUGCUUUACAGAAAAUGCUUGUGAACAUUUACGCCGUAUCCAUUUGCAACCUCUGGCCUCUUCAAAGGAUCUCAUCGGUGACUUUAUAAUGCUGAGAGAGAGAGAAAGAAAGAAAGAGAGAGCGAGAGAGAGAAAGAAAGAGAGAGAGGUUUGCUUGUGUGUCCUUUGGUUGUGUGUUCUAUCCAUUCGGGACUAUGGGAGCCUUGUACAUUGAACGUUCGAGUUGUUUCAUCAACAAAAAUAAGUUAUAUACAUGGAUAAAAGUGGGACAUCUGCUGAAGAACUGAAAAAAAAAAUGAAAAAAAGACAUAAGGACUUGUGUCAAAAGACAACUAGACAGUGGAUAUACUGAGAGGGGAAAGACUGGGUCGAUUAUUUUAAUAUGACCAUUUUAUACCUUUCAAACCCCUCCCCUAGAGACCACAAAGAUUAAUAAUUAUUAAAUGAAUUGUUGUUUA